CCCAAACUUUUUUCCUCACCUUACGGCAGAGCUGGGAGCUCUGCCUUAGAUUCUCCCUUUACUGGGCAGUAAUGUCGCAAGGUUGGGAUCGAAAACUCAAGGUUUGCGACCAUAGCUCUCGCUUUCCGGCCGAUACAGAGGUUCCUGAAGGCUGGUGGAGGUGGUGGGGCACCACGCAGCUUCUGGAAUUUCUGAGCAAUCCUGGUCAGUACACGAUGGACCCUGUAGUCUUGAGUUACAUGGACAGUCUACUGCGGCAAUCAGAUGUCUCACUAUUAGAUCCUCCAAGCUGGCUCAAUGAUCAUAUUAUUGGAUUUGCCUUCGAGUAUUUUGCCAACAGUCAGUUUCAUGACUGCUCUGACAGAGUCUGCUUCAUCAGUCCUGAAGUCACCCAGUUCAUCAAGUGCACCAGCAACCCAGCAGAGAUCGCCAUGUUCCUUGAACCCCUGGGUCUCCCGCAUAAGCAAGUUGUAUUUUUAGCCAUCAAUGAUAAUUCCAACCAAGCUGCUGGGGGAACCCACUGGAGUUUGCUGGUUUAUCUCCAAGAUAAAAAUAGCUUUUUUCAUUAUGAUUCCCAUAGCAGGAGCAACUCAGUCCAUGCAAAGCAGGUAGCUGAGAAAUUGGAGGCUUUCUUAGGCAGAAAAGGGGACAAACUGGCCUUUGUGGAAGAGAAAGCCCCUGCUCAACAAAACAGCUAUGACUGUGGGAUGUACGUGAUAUGUAACACUGAGGCUUUGUGUCAGAACUUGUUUAGACAACAGCCAGAAUCACUAUUACAACUACUCACUCCUGCAUACAUCACAAAGAAGAGGAGAGAAUGGAAAGAUGUCAUUGCCAGACUUGCUAAAAAUUAGCUAUCAUAUAUUUGUGUCUUUUGAAGUCUCUUUCUGCCCAUCCCCGUUUGUUGGAUGGUUGACAUCUCAGUGCCUGAGAGAAGAUGCCUGGUAGAGGCAAGCUUAGGGUUUUUUCUUUUUCCUGAAAGAAUGUCCUUCUCUGCAUUAUCCUAAUGAAAAGUUUCAUUUUAACCCUAAUUUAAAAACACUAUGUUCUGUGAAAAUGUCCUGAAGUUAAACACCAAAACCUUAAAACCAAGCUAUUUUAACAUUUAUUAAUUCCCUUUUAGUCUCCCUUUGCUUAUUCCAAAGGAAAAACAGUAACCUGUAAAACAAAUUAAGAAUAUGUGAAAUCUAGAGGAAUGCAAGAAAAAAAUGAUAGAAGAACCAAAAAAUUAUUGUACAGUCCACUGGCUGGAAGUGGAUCAAGCCCUAACUUAAUUCAAGAUCUAAGUAUUAUAAGAAUCAGUUAUUCACUUCUGUGAUAUCUCUUCCAUUCACCAUGCAAAGCUUUCCUAUCAGCAUACCCUUUGCAAAGAUUUGAUAAAGAUGAUGUUGACCCAUCUUCCUCCAUCUGAUUCCUAGAUGCUUUAAGAAAGGGGGCAUCUUGAGUAAUUUCAUUAAAUUAAAUGGCUCUGGUAGA